GGCUGCAGCGGCUGCGGCAGCACCUUGGCUCCGUAGCCCACCGCAGGCUGGAGGUGUUGCUGGCGGUCCAUGCUCGCAGAGGAGGUGUGCAGAUGGGAGUGACGUCCACAUGGAGAUACGGAAGAGGACGGGGGAUUGGCACCGCCGCGGCCAUGGUCAGCUGGGCCCGCUUCGUCUGCCUGGCCGCGGUCACCAUGGCAACCUUGUCCCUGGCCCGGCCCUCCUUCAAUUUAGUGGAGGACACCACGUUAGAGCCGGAAGGGGCGCCUUACUGGACCAACACAGAAAAGAUGGAAAAGCGUCUGCACGCUGUCCCUGCGGCCAAUACUGUCAAGUUUCGCUGUCCAGCUGGGGGGAAUCCAACACCAACUAUGAGGUGGCUGAAGAACGGAAAGGAGUUUAAGCAGGAACAUCGCAUUGGAGGCUAUAAGGUACGAAACCAGCACUGGAGCCUUAUUAUGGAGAGCGUGGUCCCAUCCGACAAAGGAAAUUACACCUGUGUGGUAGAGAAUGAGUAUGGCUCCAUUAAUCACACGUACCACCUCGACGUCGUCGAGCGAUCGCCACACCGGCCCAUCCUCCAAGCUGGGCUGCCGGCAAAUGCCUCCACCGUGGUCGGAGGCGAUGUGGAGUUUGUCUGCAAAGUUUACAGCGAUGCCCAGCCCCACAUUCAGUGGAUCAAACACGUAGAAAAGAACGGGAGCAAAUACGGGCCCGAUGGGUUGCCGUACCUCAAGGUUCUCAAGCACUCGGGAAUAAAUAGUUCCAAUGCAGAAGUGCUGGCUCUGUUCAAUGUGACUGAGGAGGAUGCUGGGGAGUAUAUAUGUAAGGUCUCCAAUUAUAUAGGGCAGGCCAACCAGUCUGCCUGGCUCACUGUCCUGCCAAAACAGCAAGCUCCUGUAAGAGAAAAGGAGAUUACGGCUUCCCCAGACUACCUGGAGAUAGCCAUUUACUGCAUAGGGGUCUUCCUAAUUGCCUGUAUGGUGGUGACAGUCAUCCUGUGCCGAAUGAAGACCACAACCAAGAAGCCAGACUUCAGCAGCCAGCCAGCUGUGCACAAGCUGACCAAGCGCAUCCCCUUGCGGAGACAGGUAACAGUGUCUGCUGAGUCCAGCUCCUCUAUGAACUCCAACACUCCGCUGGUGAGGAUAACCACGCGCCUCUCCUCAACAGCAGACACCCCCAUGCUGGCAGGGGUCUCCGAGUAUGAACUGCCGGAAGAUCCAAAGUGGGAGUUUCCCAGAGAUAAGCUGACGCUGGGCAAACCUCUGGGGGAAGGUUGCUUUGGGCAAGUGGUCAUGGCCGAAGCGGUGGGAAUUGACAAAGAGAAGCCCAAGGAAGCAGUCACGGUGGCGGUGAAGAUGUUGAAAGACGAUGCCACAGAGAAAGAUCUUUCUGAUCUAGUGUCAGAGAUGGAGAUGAUGAAGAUGAUUGGAAAACACAAAAAUAUCAUAAAUCUCCUUGGAGCCUGUACUCAGGAUGGCCCACUCUACGUCAUUGUGGAGUAUGCCUCGAAAGGCAACCUCCGUGAAUACCUCCGAGCCCGGAGGCCGCCUGGGAUGGAGUAUUCCUAUGACAUUAACCGCGUUCCUGAGGAGCAGAUGACCUUUAAGGACUUGGUGUCGUGUACCUACCAGCUGGCGAGAGGCAUGGAGUACUUGGCUUCCCAGAAAUGUAUUCAUCGGGAUUUAGCAGCCAGAAAUGUUUUGGUAACAGAAAACAAUGUGAUGAAAAUAGCAGACUUUGGACUGGCCAGAGAUAUCAACAAUAUAGACUAUUACAAAAAGACCACAAAUGGGCGACUUCCGGUCAAGUGGAUGGCUCCAGAAGCCCUUUUCGAUCGAGUGUACACCCAUCAGAGUGACGUUUGGUCCUUCGGGGUGUUAAUGUGGGAGAUCUUCACGCUGGGGGGCUCACCAUACCCAGGGAUUCCGGUGGAGGAACUAUUUAAGCUGCUCAAGGAGGGGCACAGGAUGGACAAGCCAGCAAACUGCACCAAUGAACUGUAUAUGAUGAUGAGGGACUGUUGGCAUGCUGUGCCCUCACAGAGGCCGACGUUCAAGCAGUUGGUAGAGGACUUGGAUCGGAUUCUCACUCUCACAACCAAUGAGGAAUACUUGGACCUCAGUCAGCCUCUCGAACAGUAUUCACCUAGUUAUCCUGACACAAGGAGUUCGUGUUCUUCAGGAGACGAUUCUGUUUUCUCUCCAGACCCCAUGCCUUACGAACCAUGCCUUCCUCAGUAUCCACAUGUAAACGGCAGUGUUAAAACAUGAAUGAGCUUGUCCUUCUGUCCCCACACGGGACAGCACCAGGGACCUAGCCACACUGAGCAACGGGGCCAGGCCUCCAGGAGCCGGUUGGCUCCGCUUGUAUAUAUGGAUCAGAGGAGUAAAUAAUUGGAAAAGUAAUCGGCACACGUGUAAAGAAUUUAUACGGUUGGAAACUUAUAAUCUUCACCAGGAGAAGAAGAAUGUUUCUGGGGCAAUGGACUGCCAUGGGCCACCACGCGCCCAUGACCCGCUGUGGGUACUGGCUGUGGACCAGCUGGACUCAAGGCAAACCUACUUUCUUGCCUUCCUUGUGAAUUUUGUAAUAAUUGGAGAAAAUAUAUGUCAGCACACACUUACAGAGCACAAUUGCAGUAUAUAGGUGCUGGAUGUAUGUAAAUAUAUUCAAAUUAUGUAUAAAUAUAUAUUAUAUAUUUACAAGGAAUUAUUUUUUGUAUUGAUUUUAAAUGGAUGUCCCAGUGCACCUAGAAAAUCGGUCUCUCUUUUGUUUUUAAUAGCUAUUUGCUAAAUGCUGUUCUUACACAGAAUUUCUUAAUUUUCACCGAGCAGGGGUGGAAAAGUACUUUUGCUUUCAGGGAAAAAAAAAUGGUAUAACGUUAAUUUAUUAAUGAAUUGGUAAUAUACAAAACAAUUAAUCAUUUAUAGUUUUUGUUUUGUUUUUAUUUUGUAAUUUAAGCGGCAUUUCUAUGCAGGCAGCACAUCGGACUAGUUAAUCUGUUGCUUGGACUUAACUAGUUGUCAGAUUCUUUGAAAAGAGAAAUAUUUACAGAAUAUGACUAAUUUGGGGGAAAAUGAAGUUUUGAUUUAUUUGUUUAAACUCUGCUGUCAGAUGAUUGUUCUUCUGCCACCAAAAUGCCAGUAGUAAACAAACCCAUCGAUAGGAAAGUAUUUUGUUUUGCUGUGCAGCUCUGUCAUUGGGCCCAUGGAGCGCGGAACUGGACUUCCCAAGACAAAUGGUACCAGCGUUCUCUUAAAAAGAUGCCUUAAUCCAUUCCUCGAGGGUGGACCUUAGUUGAGAUGAUAGCAGACUGUACUCCCCUCCGGCAGCUGGCCUUCUGCCCUGAGUUGCACGUUAAUCAGAUUAGCCUGUAUUCUCUUCAGUGGAUUUUGCUAAUGGCUUCCAGAUUCAUUGGCGUUAGGGAAGCCUUUUAGAAUCUUCACGUGUCAUCGUCGAAAUUGAAACACUGAGUUGUUCUGCUGAUGGUUUUGGAGAUACUUCCAUCUUUUUAAGGGUUUGCUUCUGUCUAAUUCUGGCAGGACCUCACCCAAAGAUCGGGCCUCGUACCAACGUCAGACACGAUGUCGCCGUGUUGUGCGUUCUGUAUUUAAAGUAUUGUGUUUUGCUUCGGAAACACCUACUCACUUUGCUAUAGCCAUGCAACAUGAACGCAGAUUACACUGAUUCUACUUGUUACGAAAUUGGAGAAAGUAUUUAAUAAAACCUGUUAAUUUUUAUACUGACAAUAAAAAUGUUUCUACAGAUAUUAAUGUUAACAAGACAAAAUAAAUGUCACGCAGCUU